CAGCCUCAGUGCUGAGCAGCCAGAGUCGCCGCCGGGUUGCCAGACGCUGGAAUGGGUGGUCUCCCGACACACACCACCAUCUUCACCGGGGAAGCUCGGAGCUUGGCAGCUCCCAGAGGCUGCAGCUGCGGCUCGGGCGAGGCUGGAUUAGGCAAGUGAAGACACCCAGAAACCUGAAGAAUGUUCCCAAGGAGUGAUCUGGCUGUCACUCACUGGGUUCCGAGGAGCAUGAGGAAGCUCUUUCUGGUGUUUUCUCUCCUGCUGUCCCAAACAGCUCAUCUGGAAGGCAGAAAGGACAGUCAGUACAUCUGGAAAACAGGUCCCUGGGGAAGGUGUGCAGGCGACUGCGGACCAGGCGGAGCCCAGAGUCGAGCUGUGUGGUGCUUUCACGUAGAAGGGUGGACCAGCCCCAUGUCAAACUGUGAUGAGAGUAGCCGACCUCCAAAGGAAAGGAGCUGUUUCCGCGUGUGUGACUGGCACAGUGACCUGUUUCAGUGGGAGGUUUCCGACUGGCACCGCUGCCUGCUGGCUCCUGGAGCCCAAGGCGAGCCCAGGCCUCGAACUGCAGAGUGUGUGACUGCUCAGCACGGUCUGCAGCACCGGGCAGUGCACUGUCUGCAGAAGCUCAACCGAACCAUGGUGGCCAAUGAGAUCUGUGAACACUUUGCCCCGCAGCCCCCGACAGAGCAAGCCUGCCUCAUCCCUUGCCCCAGGGACUGUGUGGUAUCAGAGUUCUCCCCGUGGUCCACCUGCCGCGAAGGCUGUGGGAAGAAGUUGCAGCACAGAACACGCGUGGUCAUCGCUCCCCCUCUGUAUGGAGGUCUGCAGUGUCCGAAUCUCACUGAAUCCAGAGCCUGCGAGGCUCCCAUUUCCUGUCCUCUUGGGAAAGAGGAAUAUUCCUUCAGCCUUAAGGUGGGACCGUGGAGCAAAUGUAGACUCCCUCACCUUAAGGAAGUCGACCUCAGCGGAAGAAAUGUCCAGGAUUUUAGCUCCAAUUCAAACGAGCAAGUCACCCUAACGCAUCAGAGUUACAAAGCACACCACCACUCCCAGCCUGGAGGUGUAGAGAUAGGUUUUCAAACCAGGCAGGUGUGGUGUACCCGAAGUGAUGGAAGAAACGCGCUGUUAAGGUAG